GCUGGUGGUAGCGGCUCGGGGAGGUGCUCGCUCUCUCGGUUUCGCUCUCUCGCUCGCUUCCCCCGGCUCCCUUCGGUGCCCCUCCCGGUCGCCUGCGUGCCGGAGUGUGUGCGAGGGAGGGGGAGGGCAUCGGGGGGGUGGGGGGAGGCGUUCCGGUCGCCGGGAGACCCGCGGAGGGAGGCGGAGGCUGCGACGGGCUCCGGGAAGCCAUGGACGUCGAGAGGCUGCAGGAGGCGCUGAAAGAUUUUGAGAAGAGGGGAAAAAAGGAAGUUUGUCCGGUCCUGGAUCAGUUUCUUUGUCAUGUAGCCAAGACUGGAGAAACAAUGAUUCAGUGGUCCCAAUUCAAAGGCUAUUUUAUUUUCAAACUGGAGAAAGUGAUGGAUGAUUUCAGAACUUCAGCUCCUGAACCCAGAGGUCCUCCCAACCCUAAUGUUGAAUAUAUUCCUUUUGAUGAAAUGAAGGAAAGAAUACUGAAAAUUGUCACUGGAUUUAAUGGUAUUCCUUUUACUAUUCAGCGACUGUGUGAAUUGCUAACAGAUCCAAGGAGAAACUAUACAGGAACAGACAAAUUUCUCAGAGGAGUAGAAAAGAAUGUGAUGGUUGUUAGCUGUGUUUAUCCUUCUUCAGAGAAAAACAAUUCCAAUAGUUUAAAUCGAAUGAAUGGUGUUAUGUUUCCUGGAAAUUCACCAAGUUAUACUGAGAGGUCUAAUAUAAAUGGGCCUGGAACACCGAGGCCACUUAAUCGACCAAAAGUUUCUUUGUCAGUGCCCAUGACAACAAAUGGCUUGCCUGAGAGCACAGACAGCAAAGAUUCAGACUUACAGCAAAACGAGGACAAAAAUCACAGUGACUCUUCAGCAUCUGCACCAGACGGUUCCUCAGUGAGCCCUAUAAAAAAUAAACAUCCAGACGAAGAUGCUGUGGAAUCUGAGGGGCAUGAGGUAAAAAGACUCAGGUUUGACAAAGAAAGUGAAGUCAAAGAGAUGGCCAGUCAAACAUCUUCCAGUGAAAUUUCUUCAGUUAUGGUUGAAGAAACAGAAGCAUCGUCGUCAUCUCAGGAUAAAGACAAAGAAAGUUGUACCACGCAGCACUGUACAGAAGUGGAUGAAGAAGAGGAUGAAGAGGAAGAAGAAGAGUCUUUUAUGACAUCAAAAGAAAUGACCCCAGAAAGAAAAAAUCAAGAAAAAGAAUCUGAUGAUGCCUUAACUGUGAAUGAAGAGACUUCUGAGGAAAAUAAUCAAAUGGAGGAAUCUGAUCUGACUCAAGCUGAGAAAGAUUUACAUUCUGAAGGUAGUGAAAAUAUAGGCCCUGUAAGUAGUGGUUCUGAUUGCCAUGAAAAAGAAGAAUUAGUAGGAUCCAAUUCCAGUAAAACUGGAGAGAGUCCCUCGGAAUCAUCCAUGGAAAAUGACGACGAAACCACAGAAGUCACAGAUGAACCAAUGGAACAAGACUAACUGUUUAGCAACAUUUAGAUGCAGUAUUUUACAUACAGUUCUGGUUUUACACUGUAUAAACCUUUUAUGUAAUAAAGUGGACCUUUAGUUUUAAAAGAGAAGCAGGUUGUAAAGUACUUUAUGGGGUAAAUCCUGAAAGAGUUGUACAUGUAAGAACUGUGAAUAUCAGCUCCUCUGGGUCCUGCUUACCGCUGACUUUUUUUGGUCUGGUCAAAUCAGUGGUUUGUGUAUAGUUUUUUUUUUUUUUUUAAUUUAGAAUAAAAAGUUUUUAAACUGGAAGAUAGUAAUUAUAAUUUUGAAAACCUUUUGGAGAUUAUCACAUUUAGUUUAUACAUAUGAAAGAAAGUUUUUUGUCUUGUCUCUUGCUGACAGCUCUAGCAGUUUUCAUAUUUUGGUCAUAGUUUCAACAUUUUAACGUGAAUUAGAGGGUUUCAUGCUGGUUUCCAGAUUUUAUUGUUUAACUAUGUACAAUGGAACUUUAAGUCAUAUAUACAUACAUACAUAUAUAUAUAUGUAUAUGUACACACAUACACACACAUUAUUCUAAGGGGGGAAAUGUUAUAUUUUUCUGUUUCUAUAAGAGAUGACUACAGUGUAUACUUUUUCUAUUGGUAAUGAUUGAGUUCACCUCUCUCAGAAGACACUUUCUUUCUCUUCUGAGUAAUUCAGAUAAAAUCUGGCCCUUGUGAAACCCUGGAAAUCUUAAGUCUGUUGAUGUACCAGGUUAAACACAUUCCAAGAGAUCCCUCAAACUAAAAUUCUUUUGUAUACUUCUGAGGUGCCUGAAAAAAGACUUCAUUAUUUAUGAGAAAAUGUGCUUUAUCUUGGAAAUUGUGUUCAAACAUUAGUUGACUAUUUUGUAGAAUGAAUGCUUAUAAAGCUGACAUAAGACCAUCUCAGAAGAACCAGGCAGGUUCCUUGACCUUUCGCUUGCUUUUCUGAACAUUGUGAAUAUUACACAUUUCUUUUUAAAUUAUUCUAGAGUGUGCAGAUGUCAUGGUUGAAACACCACUGUACUGGAAGAAUUAAUAUAUUACUUUAGUAAUAUACCGGAGCUAAAUGACUGAAGCUUUAGGGGUGUGUAGAAACCACCAUAAUUUGUAUGACAUUUUGAAGUGAAUUAAAUAUUUUUGAACAUGCUUCUUUGACAGCCAGUGUUAUAUUUUUCAGAUCAACACAAAGCACAAUGAUUACUCUAAACUCAAAUAUUUUCAAAUUCACGUAUUUGAAGUCAUGCAAAGCUGCAACUUCCCUGUCAAAAUUACUGGCUGCCAAAUUUAUACCUGUUUCUUCAGCUGUACCUUUUGAUAUUUAGAAUUUUUAAAUUUCUGUAGAUUUUGUAGGAUGUAAUGUGUUCACUGCCUUUGUGAAGCGGUAUAUAAUUGUAUAAUUUCUGUGUGUAAACUGAAUGCUUGGGCUUUCAAUACAGUAUUCCUAUAAAGCAAUAAAUAUUAAUGUUCUGAAAUAUUCGAGUACAUUUUUAUCAAAAUAUAAAAGAAUCCCUUCUUAAGUUUCCGAUAUCUGAAGUACACAGAUGAACUUAUAAAUCUGAUGCAAACAGUUUUUGACACUGUAUCAUAAUCUUUGGGGUAAUUUGGGUGGCAACCACAAGUUUAAAGUUUUGACUAGUUGCUAAUGACUAAAAAUAAAAUGAUUUGGCUCCGUUUAUAUUUGUAGGGUAAUAUACUACUGACUGACUUAAUUGUCAAGUUCACAGCAGCUAGAUGAUAUAUUUGUAUGUCUAAUAGUUGAAAUUAAAACUGAAUUUACUGUGCCCAAGAGGGGAGAAAAAUCACACAUUGUAAAUUUUUAAAAAGUUUUUUGCAAAAAUGUUAAAGUGAAGCAAAUUUUAAAUGUAACAUUCAUAUGUAAUAACCUAUUACUUUAUUUUGUUGAGGGAUAUUUUGCCAAUAAGAACAGAUUUAAAGAAUUUUAAGUUUAGAAAUUUAGAAAUUUUCUUUAGAAUAUUUAUGGAAUUAUUGUCAAUAAACCUAUUCUUUAAGAUCCUG